AUGCAGCGGUGGCCAGUGCUGCUCUUCCUGGCCUGGGUCUGCUUUCUCUUUUUUGCUGGUAUCGGGCUCUUCAUGAGCGGGUUCCUGCUCACCCGGAUCGAGCUCGCCAGCAGCAGUUCCUGCUCAGACCCACUCGUGCCCCCAGCGUGGGAGAGGCAGAGCCUCCCACCGGGCUCCUGUUGGGCACCGCAGCGCUUUUCCAAGGCUGUGCUUGUCAUCAUCGAUGCCCUCCGUUUCGAGUUUGCCCGCUUUAACCCCGCCAAGGCCAGCCCGCUGCCCUACGAGAACAAGCUCAGUUUCCUGCACCACCUUGCCACCUCCCAGCCUCGCCAUGCCCGCCUCUACCGCUUCCGAGCCGAUCCCCCGACCACCACCAUGCAGCGCAUCAAGGGCCUCACCACUGGCUCGCUGCCCACUUUCAUCGACGUGGGCAGCAACUUCGCCACCUACGCGAUCCAGGAGGAUAACCUGCUGGUACAGCUAGUGCAGAAUGGAAGGAGAGUGGUCUUCAUGGGUGAUGACACUUGGGAAGGACUCUUCCCAAAGAAGUUUUUCCGCUCAUAUUUCUUCCCUUCUUUUAACGUGAAGGAUCUUCACACUGUAGACAAUGGGAUCCUGCAGCAUCUCUAUCCAACUGUGGACAGUGGUGAAUGGGAUGUGCUGAUUGCUCACUUCCUCGGCGUGGACCACUGUGGGCACAAACACGGACCUGACCAUCCCGAAAUGGCUAAGAAGCUCACCCAGAUGAAUGAGAUGCUCAG